UGCUCGCGAUGCGUUGCUGGUGAUUACGACCUCACAAGUGUGUCGGGGCGCAUCUCUUCAACUCCCGGCGUCGGCCUAGCCGAGCUCUGCUUUGCGCAUUGCUUCCCAAUCAGAAAGUAGCCUCGACUCGGUGAUGCUCCUAAUUACUCCUUGUACUAACCAGUCGCUGGUGUCGGGCAUAGCACGCCAGCGAAUAGACGGCGUUACUGGUUUCGCGGUGUCGGAACAUUGUCAUCACAAUAUUACCAUGGCCCGCAACUGCAGCACCGGCCCCGGCAUAUAUUGCCUGCACGUCGGCGCUCCUGGUAUCCUGUUCCAGUCCUCUCUGAUCAGCCAUGAGCUAGCCAAGUCUGGGGCAGCAGGAGCUGCGGAGAUGUCGGCGGAAUGACAUCAACACCAGCCAAAUCCGUCACAAAGGCCACGACCAGGUAAGCCAUCCGCCUCAUCGCGAGGCUGGUGGCCUGACAUCUCGGGAGCGUUGUCGCGGAACUGCCUUUUGCAAGGAUUUGUGGGUUAGACUCACUUGUGACAACCGAUCGACAGCGUUCGAUAUUCUAGAAGCCUUUUACGCCGCAAACUUGCAUGCAAUUGCGCCAACCAAGCACGACGAUCAUUCCGUCACCCAUCCUGCAACUGCGCCCACUGGCAUUUAAAGUCCAGCAGUGACGGCAUCAGGGGCGAAGUCCGUCCCUUGCGUUUCUGAGCGGCAGUAAGCGCCAAGAGGCCCGCCAGACAUCAAGCGCGCAGGCGAGCCAAGCUGGCUCUUGCGUGCUAACGAAUGCGUGUCGCAUUCAUGCCCCUCUUCCGGAUCAGAC